AUGGCAGCUCCUAGAGGCCGUCUCCAAGGCAAAAAUGCCAUCAUCACUGGUGCCGCUGGUGGUAUCGGCCUCAAUACAUCGAUCCUCUUCGCUCGCGAAGGCGCGUCCGUGCUAAUGGCAGACAUCUCUGAGCCCGCCCUCGCCGCGGCCCUCAAGAAUGUCAAAUCCCUCGCCCCAGACGCUGCACGUAUUGAGACUAUCGUAUGCGACGUCUCCAAGGAAUCCAACGUGCAAGCUAUGGUCGAGUCACAGGACAGCUGGGGUGGCACCGACGUCAUAUUCAACAAUGCGGGCAUCAUGCACGCCGACGACGCCGAUGCAAUUGACACAUCCGACAAGAUCUGGGAUUUGACACAGAACAUUAAUGUGAAGGGUGUGUGGUAUGGGUGUAAGCAUGCAGUGUUGAGUUUGAGGCGACACAAGAAGACGAAUGGAAGUAUCAUCAACACCGCGAGUGUUGUUGCCCUGGUGGGUAGUGCGACGCCGCAGCUGGCGUAUACCGCGAGUAAAGGCGCGGUAUUGGCGUUGACGAGGGAAUUGGCGAUUGUGCAUGCGAGGGAAGGGUUUAGGUUUAAUGCGCUUUGCCCGGCGCCUUUGAACACACCUCUGUUGCAAGACUGGCUCGGCGAUGACAAGGCUAAACGCCAGCGUCGUGAGAUCCAUUUCCCGACAGGCAGGUUUGGAGAAGCUAUUGAGCAGGCGAAUGCUGUCGUCUUCCUUGCCAGUGAUGAAUCAAGCUUUGUGAACGGUACAGACUUCGUGGUCGAUGGAGGAAUGACCAAGGCAUAUGUCACCCCUGAAGGUCCAGCAACCGCUGCUCCACAGAACCAUUGA